CCAUCCAUCAAAGUCGAAACACAAAAGUGCUAACAAUUCCAUAAAAAUCAUUACCUUUUAUGGUAUACAAAAAUCAUUUUGAAAUAUUUUCCAUGAACAGAAAUGCAUGUCUCUACGUCGAGAGUCGGGAGAGGUAAUUGUCGUCGCAGUGAACACAGCCAGUGGCAUUUUUAUCAUUUAAUAACUUUAUCAUGAGCCCGCCUACAGGGGACGCUGAGUGAGGAGUCCUCAGUUGCACGAACCGACGGCAACGAGAUAGGUUGCGGGCUGUAGCGCGUAGACAAAGUGACCUCGUACGAACAAAUUAAAACUGACAUUAUAAUGAGUGCAGCGAUGAUUGACCCAACCGGCGUAACCGCCGACGAAGACCAGGGAUAUGCGUUGCGAGCUAAAGUGAUCACAAUGGUUUGCUUAUUCGCCGUUUCCAUGCUUGUCGGAUGCGCUCCCAUGCUCAUUUCCAUUAAAUUCGGCUGGUUCAGGAAAUCGAGUGGGCCAGAUAUGAGGACCUCUAAUCAAUUGGUGAUUGGACUGCUCUCUUUUGGCGGUGGUGUUUUAUUUGCGACCACCUUUAUGCAUUUAUUGCCGGAAGUCGAUGAAAAUAUUCAUUUGUUACAAGAAUCAGGCGACAUAUCCAAGAUGCCAAUAGCCCUCGCCCCGUUGAUCAUGUGUAGUGGUUUCUUCAUGAUGUACCUGGUCGAAGAAUUAGUUCACGUUUACAUAAACAGCCGUGACAAUAAGACUGCCAACACAAGCUUCACAAGGGUGCUGAGUAUACGACGAAGUAGUACAGAUGCCGAGGGAACUGACAAACGUAUUAAGGAGUUAGAAGCCCAAGCAAGACACCAUGGUCACAGUCAUUUGGCUGUGGAAUCCGAUGAUACAAUUGUUGCCGCCCUUAGAGGCCUUUUGAUUGUGCUGGCCCUGUCGAUCCAUGAACUGUUUGAAGGGCUUGCUGUUGGGCUGGAGUCGUCUGCCAGGAACGUGUGGUACAUGUUCGGAGCAGUCUCAGCGCACAAAUACAUCAUAGCGUUCUGCAUAGGUGUGGAACUGCUUGCUGCUGGAACGAAGCGAUGGCUGUCCGUGGUCUACAUCUUUACCUUCUCCUUCGUGUCAGCGCUGGGCAUCGGGGUUGGCAUUAUGCUGGUGGGCGGAGCUGGAGCGACUGAAGCUGGGAUAUACUCUGUUGUGUUACAGGGUCUUGCGUGCGGUACGCUGGUGUACGUGGUGUUCUUCGAGGUGUGGCGACAAGACAGAACAGGCCUUAUGCAGUUCCUCUGCUCAAUACUCGGCUUCGGGCUUAUGGUUGCUUUGGAAGCAGUCGCUAAUAUAGUUGUUUGACGAACGUUGUAUGAAAAUGCUUCCAAAGACAUUUUCUCAAGGAAUUAUGAUACAUUAUUAUGACCUCGUGAACGGUGACGUAAUUAUUACUUAAAAUAAUAUUAUGCCUAAGAAUAGUCAUUAUCUUAUCUUAGGGCCGGGGAACAUAUGGCUGAGCGCAGCGCAGAGCAUUUUUCACAGUCAAAAUAUUACCGACAUUGUCCUCAUUAAAAUAAUAUCUAAAAUCAAUUGUGCAUCCGUGCAGAUACUCGCGCAUCCGCGCGCAGUCCCGCGCGUGCUCGCGCAUUCUCUGGUAGAAAUUCGCGUAAUAUGUCACGCGAUUAGAAAACUUCGCGGGCAUGCUCUGCGCUGCGCUCCGCCAUAUGUGCGCCGACCCUUAGUUUAAUAGUAUUAAAUUUUUCCAUCGCUAAAUGUUUGACUGAAGAAUAUAUUUUUUAUUUAUUUCAAGAAUUAUCCUCAUACUUUUUAACAGUUUUUGUAUGAAAACGUCUUUAUUCUUCAGUUACGGAUUUUAUUUAGCGGUUGAAAAAUCAGCGAUUAAAAUAAUUGUUUGUUAAUAAAUGUUUAUGAAUUUA